CUUGAGGGACACCAAGAUGGCAGAUAGUAACCAUUGCUAGGCUAUUGGUCACGUGGGUGAAACCCAAGAAUAAAUUUUACUUUGUAAUAGAGUGGUUUUCAAUCAAGUGUCAUAAAGCCAAAACCAAACCAAUUACUUAUCAAUUAGAUAACUCACUACAGCCAAUCUGAAACUGUAAUAAAACCAAAACCAAAGUAAUUGCUUGAUUACUUUUGACACUCAAUUGAACAAUGCAUUAAUUGCUUACACAUGUAAACACACAUCUAGUCUGCACACAUUCUUUAACCACCAAAAUUAAUGUGUAAUGUGCUCAGAGGCAGUGUCCCAUUAUAGGAGUGUUUGUCUUUCUACUUCAUCUUAGGCAUCAAGUCUGCCUUCAUUAGUGACUGAAAAUGCAGACCCUGAAGUCACUGCUAUGAUAUUAAAGCAGCUUUUAGGAAGACAAGGAAAUAUGCAUUUUGACAAGCUCACAAAAACAAGGACUGUGGACAAUCUACUUGGAACUCUUACAGGAUCAGGGUCAAAGAUGUUUGUAGCAUGGUUGAUUGAAAUGUUUGAACAUGGAUUUGUGGAAGGUGUUACAGAAACAGAUUCUUCAGCAAAGAGUCAAGAGGCAACUAGGAUAGCCAUAUUGAAUCAACUGUACCAAAUGGUGAAGAAAAAGGCAGCCUCACAUGAGAGAGACUGGGUACAACAAGUACUGUUCUUCUUUCUUGAACAUGCAUACUUCCAACCAGUAAAAACNCCCCCCUUAAAGCCUAUACUACACUAA